CUUUAUGCAAUACUUUUACACAUUGGUCCCUGCACAGUUUACAGGACUUCCAACAUUGUUCCUGUUUUCAGGGACUGAACAUCAACUCAUACCUCCACCCGCCUGGUGGCGACAGUCACAUUUGAUUUGAGGUCACAGCUGCGCUGCAAACCACCGAAGAAGUCUCGUCUCUAGGAUACAGAGGAAGCGUGCCUGCUGACGGACUGAUGACUCGACAGACUGGACAGUGAGGUGAAUGGAGGAGGAAGAUCUGAGGGAGCAGCAACAUGGAGAAGAUCUGAGAGAUAUGGUGGUGCGAGGUUAUGGAUGGCUUUGAAUAGUCUAGGGAUGGUGCCAGUGGAGCGUCUCCACCUGAAACAUGUUCUGCAGACGGUGUGUGUGUUGGAGUCAGUCAUCCUCCGCAGUUUUGGACCUGAAGGAGGACAAGUGCUGUUCAUUCGAGACACAGGACAAGCUAUGUUGAGCCGCAGUGGGGCUCGCAUUCUCGCAGCACUACGACUGGAGCAUCCGCUUGCCAGGAUGGUGGUGGAGUGUGUCUUGAAACACAGCAUCAUAACAGGCGACGGAUCCAAGACCUUUAUCUUACUGCUGGCGUCAUUACUAAGGAUGAUUCAUGCAACAGCCUGCAAGGAAUCUAACGUGUCUCAAACCUACAGCUCCAGGGAUGCAGCAGAGGCUGCCACUGCCAGGCACUUGGCUGAUGAAUUGCUGGUAUUUGCUUUGGAGAAGCUGGGUGAUCUAAUUGCUUUCGGAGUGGUCCCUUAUGGGUGUUGUCUUUCAUGGGAGGAUUUCACUGCGAAAACACAAUUGCCAGCUCAAACAAACAAUCACUGUGUGCAAAAGGUGCUGGCAUCAUUCUUUCGUUCACGCCUGGGUCACACCCACUGUGAUUUUUUUAGCAACCUCACUUGUGAACUGCUCACACAGUUUAAAAAUAACCAACCUUCCUUAUCACUUCAGUUUGUAAAUGACAAUUUGCCUGCACUGCAUACACCUGUGUCAGGCUUCCCUAUUAGUUGUUCACGUUUGAUUGAGGGGCAGAUCAUUCACAGGGACUUUGCUACGCCCUGCCCUAAGACUGACCAUCAGCCAGUUAAAGCUGUAGUUUUCACUGGGUACCUGCAACGAAAAUUGCUCAUCGCAGGAGAAGUGCUGGAGCUGGAAUGUGGAAAUAUUGCGCAAUUUAAUGCCUGGGCAGAAAGGUCGCUAGAGUGUGUCAUCGCAAAUCUUCAAAGUUUGGGUAUCUCUGUGCUCCUGUCUGCAGUCAAACAGUCUGCUGCCGUCCUGGCUUUAGCUUCACAGGCAGACAUGUGCAUUGUGGAGUGUGUCAGUGAAGAUGAGCUGUCUCUCUUUGCCCAGCUAAGUGGGGCCAGACCUGUUUCAGACUGCUCGAUGAUUGAACCAGACCAGAUUGCUACACUGACCUUUUGCCGACCAAUACUGCUGGGAGCACAUAGGUAUGUCCAUGUGGCUUUCCAUGAUUCAGAGGAACGAGUAAUGGUCACACCCUGCAGUCUGGUCAUUUGUGGUCCAGGUGAAGGGCACACUGAUCAGUAUGUAUGUGCAUUUCGAGAUGCCAUCCGCAUGCUACUUUCAACUUGGGAGCCCAUGAGUAUGACUGCAGUUAGAGCAUCAAAGAGGACCUUGCAGUCAAACAAAAGCACGUCUUUACAUACAGAAAAUCAGCUCCCCGACGCAGCUCCCUUCCAGCAGUGUGUGUUGGAACCAGGCUGUGUUAUACCUGCUGGUGGGACAUUUGAGUUUCUUUUGAACCAUGUCCUACUACAACAUGGCCGCAGUUCCUCAAUUUCUCAUGACACAAAUAUGGGUAUCCCUGCCGUUUCCCAGCUCUUGGCAAAGGCUUUGCUGAGCGUGCCACGACAGAUUUACUUCCACAGUCCACGAUGUUUCCUGCAGACUCAAACAAGGCUCCUGAGUUUUAUUGAAAACCAUUCCCACCCUCUCAGCCUCAUACACAAACAAGAACACAACACAGUCCUCGUACAGGGUCAGGAUGUAUGUCCUCUAGAGGAGGGCAAACAAAGCAUUCAUUGUUGUAGAGAGGAUGAUGUGUCAUCAAAAAAUUUUAUACUGGACUUGGGACUUGAAUCUGUCUCCUGUAAAUACCAACUGCUUCUUUCCGUGCUGCAGUGUGUCUCUAGUCUUCUCCGGGUGGACACCAUGCUUUGCACACACACCGCACUACACACACAGUCACGCAGACUUGCAAACAUUUCCUGGGAAGACACAGAGGACGAGGCUGAGGAAUGAGAUUGAAUUGUGUCCCAAGAUGAAAACCAUAAACAUAUUUUCGCUCAGUACUUGCUGAGGUAUCGUUCAAAAGUUUUGCACUGUAAUGCAGAUUGCUACAGCAAUGUUUUAUUAUUUAUUUUUUUAAUUUAGCCUCACUUUUUAUGUGAUGAAUGUGUUUGAAAUGAAAGUUCAUACUUUCACUGCGAUAGUAGAUUACAUUUCAUAGAAAUAAUGCUGUCUGGUGUAGUUUUAGUGAUUCAGUGGUUACAGUGUUUGAAUUACGGUCAGGGCAAUAACGGUAAAAAAAGAAAACAUCAAACAACUUAAUGUUAAUCUCCAUAGGGCAGAAUGUGAAGUUGUCAGAUAUUUUGGUCUUGUGUUGAUGUGAAGUAGUAUGGUAGUGUUGAUUUUGGCCUCUUUCCUCUUGAGCAGUUCUCCCCCUUAUCUCAGCUUUCCUGCCCUCUUCCCUUGGCCAGUUCAUAUUCUGUUAUCUAAAAGGAAUGCACAUGGAAGUACACAGAGACAUCGUCUCACAAAUAUAAACUGCUGCUUUUUAUAAUCAGUGUUAUCUCCAUAUUAGGGGCGGGGUGUCUGAAAGGGCAACUCCUGGCUGUCAACAACCAAAUCAAACUAUACUUCCUUUUUAUCUGAGAACACUAACCACAUUAUCACCUAAUUUGGAAUUAUGGGGAAAAAAAAGGGAAAUAGUGAUUUAUUAGAAAUGAACCAUGACUCACUACCAUACACAAAUGUGUAGUGUUUACGCUAAUCAGUGCGCUCCCAGUUACUCAGAAUUUUCCGUGAAUUAAUUAUCAAGGGAUAUAUCGGAGACAAAGACAGUCCUUGGCUUUGUUUGUGUUUUGGAUCAAACUCUGCAUGAGUCACACUUGAUGGUCACAAAUAUCAAAGAGGGGAAAGCGGGAAUGGAGUAUUAACAAUGUUUUGGUUUUUUUCCCACUGUACACCAGGAGAAGAAUCUGAAUGUUGUUUAUAAUCAAGGCACUCACACCCUUCUAGCGCUACACACCCCCUUAAACUUACAAAGCUAAAUCUAAGCAAGCGGAUUCAGUGUGUCAAUUUAGUAAUAAAGAUUUUGCAAUAUAGUUAAUGAACUUUACUCAGUGACCUGCUGAAACUUACAGCUCAUUUGACUGUUGCUCUGUGUAUGUGAGUAAUUGCCAUAAUGUAAUAACAUCAGAAUGGACUCGGUUGGUUUGGUUUAUUUGGUACUCAUUAUUUUUCAUCUCUGUAAAACAUAGUGUGUAUGGUAUAAAUCAACCCAAUCUCUGUAAAAUGAAAA